AUGUGUAACCGUGAGGUGGAAAUGCAGGAUACGCCCUGUGGAAUUCUGGUGCCACAGAUUUGUAACCACUUCCACGAGCAGUUUAGCCUGGAACUCACGGCUGGGUUUUGUGGUCAGAGUGGAGACAGCGACAGUAAGAAAGUUCAAGGAUGUGGUAAAGCGAAGAAAAGUGGGAAGAAAAAGUUGAACGUGAAGAUGAGCUGCAGAGUCCCUCUUGGACCAUCAAUCCUUCUCUUCAACCCAUACCUGGCCCUCCGUCAGCAGGACCAGGAGGGUGUGGCUGGAACAACAGAGCCAGUCAAUAAAAUGCAGUUCUUAAGAGAAGAAGCAAAUGAUGUGAUUGAGAUAUUGAAGAAUAAUUUGAACGAAACCAUGCUCAAGGGUGACCUUAUAGACGGUCUUGUGGAGAAAUCGAAGGAGAUGGAAGCUGCGGCCAAACUGUUUGAUCACACGUCUGAUAAAAUGGCUCGCUCAUAUUGGUGGAAGAAUGUCAAGCUAGUCGUGGUCAUUGUGGUGGUCGUACUCAUCAUCUUGCUCAUCAUUAUACUACUAGCCACCGGCAUCAUCCCUGUCAGUGCUCCUGUGCCACCCAUUGUGGAAUCCACCACGACCCCUUAA